AUGCUUUAUUACAAGACGUUGAUAACCGGUUCCGCUCUUGCUACUUGGGUCGGCGACACAACCGAGGCAAAUUCAACGUUGCUCGAGGCCGCCGCAAAACUUAGGGGUGUUAUAAAUGCACAACUUUGGGACGGGAAGUCUGGCGCAUUUCACGACAGCCUCGAAUCCCGCGAGAGCAAUACUGGCUUAUAUCCUCAAGAUGGCAAUGCCUUAGCAGUACUUUUCGACGUGGUGAACGCCACAUCAGAUCAGGCGCAGGAUAUAUCGUCCUCUUUGUCUAAGAACUGGACCCCAAUAGGAGCAGAAAGUCCAGAAUUAACUGGCGAAGUGUCAACAUUCAUAUCUUCAUUUGAAAUUCAAGCGCAUCUGUUAGCGGGCCAGGCGCAGCGGGCUUUAGAUUUGAUCCGUACUGGCUGGGGUUGGUAUCUAAACAACGAAAAUGGCACCCAGUCUACCAUGGUUGAGGGUUAUCUGGUGGAUGGAACUUGGGGCUACCGACACGAUGCUGGGUAUGAGGAGAACUACUCGUAUACUUCUCACUCUCAUGGAUGGGCUACCGGACCGGUCACAGCGUUGACGGAAUAUAUCCUCGGUCUCAGUGUUACUGGCCUCGCGGGUUCGACUUGGCGAAUUGCGCCUCAGUUUGGAGAUCUAUCACAUGCUGAAGGUGGUUUCACGACUAGUUUGGGAAAAUACUUCGCAAGCUGGACGGUAAAUAGCAACGGCAGCUAUACAUUAGACUAUAAAGUGCCUGAAGGUACCUCUGGCGUGCUGGUGCUCCCGACUCCUAAUCAGAACGAGAGAUAUAAGGUGUUGGUUGAUGGAAAGGAAAUGCCAAAGAAUCUUGGCAAAUCUGUCGAAACAAAAGGAAAUAGGCAACAGCACAUCUUCAAGGGGACAAGUGGGCGACACCACAUUGAGGUCAGUUAA